AUGGUCCUUAUUUCAGGGAAACGGUGGACACGAUUCAUCGCUGUCGGGAUUCUGUCCCUCGUUCUCAUCUUCAGCAUUCACCUGCUCGACUUCGCAAACCCCUUUUCCAAUCCCGACGAACUGUCCGCUUCAAUGGAUAUAAUCACAGCGUGCGCUACAUCAGACUCUGAACACCCCAACGACUCCCAUUCUGCUGUCCCACAAAUCCCUAACGUUGUUCAUCAAAUAUGGAAAACAACCGACCUCCGAACCUACUCUACACAAAUGACCGCAUCGCACGACCGUUGGAAGCAAACCCUCGAACCGCUAAACUACACAAUCAAACUCUGGACAGACGAUGACAUCCUCCAACUCAUCAAUGGAAGCUACCCUUGGCUUCUAUCGACGUAUGAAGGGUAUCCCCAAAACAUACAACGAGCCGACAUGGCCAGACUGCUCGUCAUCCACGCAGAGGGAGGGAUCUACGCCGACCUCGACGUCUACCCGACCUCGGCUACUCAAAUCCAAUGCCUCCAAAGUCUCAACCUCGAGGCCAUAUUCGCCCCAGUGUCGGGUACCCUCGGGCUGAGCAACCAUUUCUUCAUGGCCGAGCCUAGAUCCCCAUUCCUUCAGUGGGCGCUAUACGAGGGUAAGCGCCGCGGCGGUGCGACGUCUCGAUUUAUCCCCAUACCCUAUCUGCGAGUCUUUUGGUCCAUGGGGCCUACGAUGGUGACGGCGGCAUUUCGAAAGUACGCGUGGCUAUACGGUACCCUCCAAAACAACUUGGGCUUGUUAGAUGAUGGGUAUUCAACAGCGGUGGUACAACAUAAGGCCGGCAGGUCGUGGCAUGGAUCGGACGGGAAGGCUCUUAAUUAUAUAGCGGACCAUGUUAGCAUGGAUAGUUUGGUAGUGGUCGUUGCUUUCUUUUCUAUUAUUUUGGGAACCACCCAUUGUACAAUGGAAUCCAUCCCCUCCCUCCCUGCAACUCUAACCCCCGCCUUGAGCGGCCGCGACGCCAUCGCCGACGCACUCUACCGCUGCGUCCUCGGGCUCGACACGAACGACAUGGCCCUCUUCGACUCGUCCUUCACCCCCACCGCUACGUUCUCCAUCAACGGAAAGGUCUCAUCAGGCCUACCCGCAAUUCAUACCAACUGCUUCAAUAUUAUCAAAAAGUUGGACACCACACACUUCGUCACCAACAUCCGUAUCAACAUCGCUGACAGUGGCGUCGAAGCUGCGGCGACGGCCUCGGCGAUCGCACAGCACUACCCCGGUGGAAAGGGAAAUGAACCUAACGCGCCGCGUCUGCUAGCGGGAGCGCAGUACUAUGCUGAUUUGGUGAAGGAUGAAGGGAGUGGACUGUGGAAGAUUGAGACCUUUAAGGCGGUGACGCCUUGGUCGGAGGGUGAUUGGGGUGUGAUUAACGUGAAUGAAGAAUAG